CGCACUGACUGGUUUGAAGAUGAUGAGUUUGAUUUGUAUGUUUUGAUUUGGCACAACAUACUUUUUCUUCACCCAUCGAUCUUGUACUUCAUAGAUAAUUCAUGUCCACUUGAAAGGGGUUGGAGAGCUGUCUUACCGUUUCCACACCAGCAUAAGAUAUCCCUGAUAUCUGCUAUGGACGUUCUAGAAAUUUCUGUGCCCGAGUUUGAAGCACGGGCUGGCAAGGAGGAAGCGAUAUUUCAAGACUUGCAUGUUGUUUUCAAAAUAGUUGUCAGGACGACUGGAAGGCAUGAUGGCGUGGCGGCGAGUAGCGAGAGCAGUUCCACGUUCCGGCGCUACCGCGAGUUUGACUUACUGCGGUUUUACCUGACAACCAUGUACCCGGAGAUUGUGAUUCCACCCAUACCGGAAAAGAAGAUGAACUUUACAUGGGAAUCCAUGGGUGUUGAUCCAUUCGACACGGAAUUCCUAGAGGGACGCAUGGCAGCUUUUGAGGUUUUCUUGGAGAGGGUGUCUGUUCACCCGAAGCUCCGGUCCGACAGUAUAUUCCGCCUGUUCCUCAGCGACGACAAGACCUUCAUGGAACAGACAAAUGACACGAAGUUUGCCGCAAAGGCUGACUCGCGCAUCAAAUCCAGCAUUGCAUCGCUGAGAAUAAAGAAAAUGGAUCGGCAUUUCUCGCAGUGCCUGGUGUACAGUGACAACCUCGCCACAUCAGCACUUGCCACAAGACGUCACGGAAAGGCUAUUUGUGAUCGUCAGGUUGCCAUGAUGAAGCACUACAGGGCACUGGGCAACUGUGUGAGCGACUGGGCGGAGGAUGAGAAGGACAUUCCACAGGAGCUGACAGUAGCCGGCAGACAACUGGCAAGUAUGGCGGAGACAUCGACCGACUGUGUGAGUGCUGUUGAGCAAAAGUUCCUUCAGCCGCUGCAAGAGUACUGCAUGUAUGGCGAUGCACUCAAGCGUGUUGCCCGCCACCAGCUCCUACUGCAGUACGAUUUGGAGCAGACGGAGGAAUCUCUCAGUGCCAAAGCUCUCAACAAAGUGGAAGUGUCAUCAGAGCGUGAGAAUGAAAUCACCUUUGGUAGAAUCGCUGCUCGCGUGCUGACUGGAACGGGCACGAAGGAGGCACGCGUCGAGGCAAUACAGAAGGAUAUUGAUCUGCUAGAAGCGUCGUCUCAGCUACAGAUCGACCAGCUCAGCGAAUUCACGGCAGCUGCCACAAAGGAGAUCGCCAUCUUCCAUGAUCAGAAGUCCGCAGACAUGCGUGCUUAUUGGAAAGCACUAAUCCAGCAACAAAUUGAAAUGACCAAAAAGGCGAUUGGCGCGUGGAUGGAAAUCCGCACUUCCUUUCAUGCUGUGAAGCGAACCCAAGCCAUGCACUUGCCACCGUUUGCCACUCCUUCAUGAUUCCAUCUGUCUAAAAGUCUCUUCCGUUUGCUUGCACUUGACGAAACUAGCACGAAUUCCUCUUACUUUUAGCGGUGUGGCUGUGCCUGCGCAGCCUCCCGUUCCUCUGGUGCCUUGCUUCACCAUGCUGCAUCUGUGUGUUGUCUUUGUGAAAUCUGUUAUUGUCAUGCCCCGUCAUGUUCCAUACCUUUCUGAAUUAUCUUCUUUUUUACUUUCGUAUUCCUCUCUUUUUUUAAACCUUUGUUUUCCAAGUUACCGGUAUGACUAUUGUGUACAUAUCCGUACUCAUUACACAGUGCACAGCACUGACUAAUGAUUAUCUUCUCUCACCUAGUACUAGCUACUCGGUAUGGAUGAUAUGUUUCUUUCGAAAUUGUCACGUA